CAAAUAAACUUUAUUGUACAGGUAAUACAUCUAGUUUAUAAAGUAUCUACCAAGUUCAAUAUACAAUGAAUAUUAUUGUUGGAGCAUUUUACACUAUUAAAAGGAUUGAAACGGUGGUUAACAAGGCCAAGAAUGAUGGGAAGGAUGAUAUCAAAUUUCCCCAAAUGAAAAAAAUACAUUUUAGAUGUAUGGAAAAGGGUGAAGAAGGUGAAGCUGCAAAAGUCAUAGUUCAUGGUUUUUCACAUGAUUUUUCAUACUUUUGCGAUAAGAAAGAAUUUCCCAGUCUUGAGCAGUUUUUUGAGAAAUCUCUCAAACAUGAUGAAGAUAACACAAAGGAUGUGAUUGUUGCUGUUAAUAAAGAAAAUAAAGAAAUUGCUGGAAUUUGUAAAUUACGGGAUUCGAACAAAUUGGAAAAAACUCUAUCACUUUCAGAGACACUAAAAACACUAUCAAUCAGAACAGCUUUUAGGAUGAUCACGACUAUAUUAUCAUUUGACGAAGUGAAUAGUCAGAUUGUUAAGGAUGAACAGGUGGUGGAAUAUCUUACCGUUCACGACAAUUAUAAAAAGCAAGGAAUAGCGAGAAAUCUUCUUAGAUAUGCUGAAUGCAUGGCUAAGCAGAGAAACUCUAAAGUAUAAGUCAAUUUAAAAAAAAAGAACAAUAAUAAUUUCCAUUCUUUAGAAAAUAUCUUUGGUCGUUCAUGAAACGAAUCCAAUAGCCGUUAAACUGUACGAAAGUGAAGGGUAUGUCACAACACAUCUACUCCAUGGUUUAAAGUACCUAACAUUUGGUAGUAAGACCAGUUUCAAGAUGGAGAAGGCAAUUUAAAACUACCAAUAAUUGACAUGUAAUGAAUUUAGGAAAAAUAGCAUUAGUGUUAUUAAAUGUAAAUCGGUUUAUUAGUAAUUCAAGAUGAAAAAUACACGCAUUCAAAUAUAAUUCUUAUCUGGAAUGUUCUAAUUAUAUUAGGCUAAAGGUUAUCCUACAUGUUGAGCACUUUUAAACGAUAUAAAAUACUUUACUCUAUUUCUCAUGUAUACAUAUAUAUGCCUUUGUUAUCACUAAAAUGAUAACAUAUCAAUUAUCAACAUACAAUUGUAGAUAAAUCAAUUCUUUUUGUUUUCAAGUUCAGCGACCGGAACAUCUCUGUUAAGUUAGCAAGUAGUUAUUUAUUUGACUGUCAAUAUCUUUAUAGAUUUACUAUAAAUCAUAGGCUUUAUCCUUAUCGGUCAUUCCAAUAGGAUUAUAAUUGAUCAUUCAUGCAAAACUUGCUUCCUACCAAGGUCAUAGUCUCUAACUGUCCGCAUUCCAGAUAUUACGUUCUGUUCAACUCUGUUUCCGCAUGCUGAACACUGCGUAAAUUCGGAAUUCCCAAAUCUGUAUACUUCACUAUUGUCUUCCAACUGUGCAUACUGUAAAUCUAAUUUUUCUCAAUCUUGAAUAUCUUUUUUUUCCCAGAUAUUUUUGUGGUUGUUUCCAAACAGAUAAUUAUAAUGAAUGUACUACUACCAACAGUUUUGGUAGUGUGACUACUAAAAUUAUUAAGAGG